AGCAAAAUGUGAAUUAUUAUUUUACCAUAAAAUCAAUGAGAAAUGGAAAAAUUUUGGACCAUAAGUCAUUCACUACAGGUUUACUUGGAGAAACUGCCAUUAUAACAAAUGUUUCAACAACUACUGCUUCAUUCAAUUGGAGGGAGUUUGGGACCGGAAGACAUAUCACUACAAUAAGCCUUAAUUUCACUUCAUACACCGUAUCACCAGUCGUAAAUAACUAUACAUGGAAUCAAUUAAAACCCGGAACUCUGUAUAAUUUCUCUUUGGAAUUGAAGCAAUUGCAUCAUUCAGGACUGUCCUUGACGCAAGUAUUUUAUAUUAUGAUUGAAACAGCAUCAUGCCCUCCUGGCUGGGUAGGAUCACUCUAUAGUUGCUACUGGAUCAGAAAAGAUUAUAAGCGAUGGAAAGAUGCAUCACAUUUCUGUGAAUCAGCAGUUAAUAGAGCUCAUCUUAUUGAUAUCAAUACCGAAGAAGAACAUAAGCUUGUAUCUUCACUCCUGAGGUCACUAGAUAACUUCAGCAUGUUAUGGACUGGUCUAAAUGACAUUAAGACAGAAACUGAGCUUCAGUGGACUGAUGCAUCUCCUUAUAAUUUAAGCAGUAUUUUGUGGCAGACUUUGCCAAUGAACGAAAGUGAUUGCUAUGCAUUACAGCUGAAUCCAUUGGGUCCAAACUAUCUGUUUACAGGGCUGUUUUGCUUCCUUCCUCUGCCAUACAUUUGUGAAUAUGAAGUCUUAGCUCUUCCAAAGACUGUCUCACUAAAAUUAGAAGAUGUUAAUGAAAAUGAAGCCACCAUUGUUUGGGAUGAUUUAGAUGGUUUAAUCAGCACAAGAUCUGAACUAUUUAUUUGGUUCCAAACUAUUACUGGUGAAAGAAAAGAAUAUUCCCACAGUAUAUUAUUAAAUACGACGAAAGCAACUAUUCCUGGGCUGCAUCCUGGACAACAAUACUAUUUUGCAUUAAUGAUGAGAGAUGGUACAGGUGUUCAAAGUACAAUUACUCCAAUUUUGAGUGUAAAAACAAGACCCAAUCCACCAAAAAAUAUUACUAUUGGAAAAGUAUCAUCCACUGCACUAGAGGUGCUUUGGAGUCCUCCAGAUGAAUCAAAGAAUGCAUUAUUUCAUCACUAUCUUGUUAGUUAUAUGGGAUUUGGAUCAAAAAGUCAAGGAACUGAAAAUGUUAAAGGUGACAAAACAUCCUUAAUGCUUGGAAAUCUUAAACCAUUCCACUCAUACAAAGUUUAUGUACAGACAGUGGCUGAAGGAGGAUCACUAAGUUGUGCUGAAGGACCAUUGCUUGCAAGUACAGCUCCCAGUCCUCCAGUGCGUAUUUACAUUGGCAACACUGAUGUUUGGGAGAAUAGAAUCAUUGUGCACUGGGAGCCACCAUUAGAAGGAAGUGAUGAAUACUAUGUACAAAUAAAACUGAGCAAUGGUAACAAAGAAGUAAAACAACGUUCAGUGACAAAUGCAACGGUAUUUCAAUUUGAUUUUCUAAUCCCAGGUGUCACAUAUGACAUUGAAGUGAUGGCAAUAAAAAAUGGGAAGAGAAGCAUACCAAAAUUGAUUACACAAACUACAAAGCCUAACCCAAUUGAAAUAGUUGCUUCCAUUGAUAUUCAGACUCACUCAACUGUGCUCUAUGUUGGAAUGCCAAAGUUUGGCUUAUUUGAUGGAAUUAAUAUUCUAUACGGAAAUGAAAAUAAAAGAAUACCUUUAAAGAACAUUAAUGUUAACGUGACCCUAGAAAAUCUGACACCCGGCAAUGAAUAUAACUUUGCUGUUUAUGCAACUAGUGGCAACAUGUGGAGCAAAGCUUACAGAGUUCCUGUUGUGAAAACAUGUUUGGCACCACCCACUAAUUUACGAGAAGGAAUAGUCACAGAAACAUCACUGGAAUUACUGUGGGAUAGAGCAGAAGGACAUUUUUACCAAUAUGAAGUGCAGUGUUUAAACUGUGAAGAGCAACUUAUGGUUCAAAAAGUUGACCAGGAGUGUGCAGUAUUUGUACACCUGAUCCCAGGAAAACUGCAUAAUAUUUCACUUCGGACAGAAAAGGAAGGCUUUCAAGAUAGCAAAGCAGUGAAAAAAUUGAUACGUACAAUGCCGAGUCCAGUGGGGUAUUUGAAUUUAAACAAGACUUCUCAUUCAGUAACAGUCAGCUGGCCUCAAGCUGUCCAUGUAUUUGAUGGAUAUAAUCUGACAUUAUCCAAUAAAAUGAUCCACCAGGUUGUUCGGAUUCCAUUCACUCAAUCACGGACACAUAGUUAUGUCGAGCUGUUACCAGGUACAAUCUAUUUUGUAAGUAUUGAGACUACAAGUGCAAAAAAGAAGAGCCAUCCCACUACAAUCAAUGUUACAACAAUUCCAGAAUCUCCAGUGGACUUGCAGUUUGUUGAACAGGAUGAAUACUCAGUAUACUUAUUCUGGAAGCCUCCAAGAGGUGGUUUUGAUAUUUUUGAGUUAUCAUACCAUUUAACUGGAAUGAAUGAAAAUGCACAUAGAACAACCCUACGUGGCAACAGUUUCAGGAUCAAAGACCUCAUUCCAGGAGUGGAAUAUGUAUUUCAAAUAAAAACAAUUAAAGGGAUAGAUGAUAGUGAAAUAGUUGAGAAAAGGCUAAAAACAAAACCUGAAAGGCCUCAACAGCUAGAAGUUUCAAAUAUUUUACCAACAGCAUUUACUUUAUAUUGGAGAGCACCUAUUGGACAUGUUGAUUAUUAUAAAGUGAUUCUCCUUCCUGACCAAGGCUUGGUCAAUGUCACAGACCUGGGGGAUGGCAAUUUCAAGGCUGAUGUUACUGAUGCUACCCCAGGUAUGCAAUACACCGCCACAGUUUCCUCAAUUUCUUCAUCAUUUAGCAAAUCUGUCAGCAGAUCAUUCAUAACACGUGAAACAAAUCCAGCCUCUCCAGAUGGUCUUACAGUGGGCCCCAUUGGUGCUACAGCUAUAAUGUUGGCAUGGAGCUUACCUUCUCGUCCAAAUGGAAGAAUUUUAUCCUAUAGAGUAGAGUACAAAGAAGUUUGUCCUGCGCAGCAAGCCAACUUUAUCCAAGUUUCAACAAAUGCAGAUACUCCUGAAUUUCUUCUUAAUAACCUGAAACCAGGGACAGCUUAUAAGAUUCGGAUUGCAGCUGAAAACAAUGCUGGCAUUGGAGCUUUUAGUACUUUUCGGAAAGUUGUAACUGCAGAAAGUGCUCCAGGUCCAGUUUCAUCUCUUACUGCAACAGUAGUCAACCAUACAACAGCUAAUGUGACAUGGUUUCUACCUAAACGACCAAAUGGGAAAAUUACAUAUUUCAGUAUAAUUAUAAAGUCCGUAAGAAGUGGACGUAUAUCAAAGAAUAUAUCAGUCAAUGCUGAUACCCUUUUCCCAAAUACAUUACCACAGUGUGAGGAUGAUAGUUCAACAGGCACCACUCCUGCAACAUCAGUUUCAUCUUCCCCACCAACCAGUAAUGGAUUUUUAACAGUCAUAUCAGAAAAUCCAAUAGAAAAACAAACAUCACCUGAGUUUGCCAGCAUUAUGGUGGGUCAACUGAAACCGUACACCACCUAUCUGUGUGAAGUGUCUGCCUUUACAAAAGAAGGAGAAGGCCAGACAGCAAGUACUCUCUUUAGGACACCAGAAUGGCUUCCAGAAGAACCACCUCAAAACCUAAUUGUAAGUAAGAUUACAUCAAGGUCAUUCCGAAUUAAUUGGGAUCCACCAGCAACAGUUACAGGAAGAUUCUCUUACAGAGUUGAGCUCAAUGGCCUAUUUGGGAAGAUAUUGCAGAACAGCACCAGAGGACUGAUGUUCUUUUUUAUGAACCUGCUGCCAUUUACAAAAUAUGAAGUGUUUGUAACUGCUGAAACAAUGGUUGGACUUGGACCAAAAGCGAGUGCUGAAAUCACUACAUCAUCAGAAGUUCCAGGAGAAGUAUUUGAUUUUAAAGCAACAGAGGUUGAAGCUAAAUCUGCAAGAUUGGAAUGGGGAAAGCCUCGUCAACCAAAUGGAAUUAUUAUUCAAUAUCAAAUCACUGUCUUUCUAAAGGAGUCUAAGAUAUCUGUACAAAAUAUAAUCUUGACAGAAAACAAUCAGAAUAUGAAUAUGGGAAACUCUACUGAACCAAAACUUCCUGGUAUGUUGGUCACAGUCUCCACUACGUUGACUUCAAAAACUGAUGCGAUAUUUACAGACGUGGAUGAAGGAUCUGCUGAGCUGAUAUCUGAUUCCUCAUCUUUCGAACCUGCAGUGACUUUACCGACUUUUUCACCAGAUAAGGAAUUAACCCCUGUUAAUUCAGACUUGCCUGAGACAACUACUGUACAUGAAAAAAGCAUGACUGCAUCUGUGCCUGAUCAACUAACAUCACAUGCAAUCACUUAUUCUAAACCUUCAAUGCCUAGUACCACACACUCAAUGGCUGCUACUGGAUUCUCUGAAUCAUUUACUAAAUCAACAACCUCUAGUUUCUUGGGGCCCUUUGAAUCUCAUCCUGCAAUCAACAUGACUCUCAAGCUGAGAUCAGUGUUGCAUAAAAGAUCACUUACUGCAGUUGUCAAGGCAGGUGGAAUUUCUCUGCCUUCAAGUGCUUCACCAUUUCUUCCUCAAUGGAGGCUUCUGGCUAAUGGCCUUCAAAAUAUCACUGCUAAGAGUGAAAGCAGGCUCCAGGUCAUUGACCCUACAUCUGAACAGCUGUCAUAUGUUGUGAAAGAACUUGUACCUCAUACUGAUUACAUUAUCAGAGUGUCAGCAUUCACUAAUGUUGGAGAAGGACCACCAACCUACAUUACCUUAAAGACACGAGAAUAUGUGCCAAGUUCAGUGCAGAAUAUAACAUAUGAAAAUAUCACUUCUACAUCUAUUCUGAUAUUAUGGCACCCACCUGUUAUUCCGAAUGGCAUUAUAACUCAUUACACUAUCUAUGCUGUGGAGGAAGGCACAACUGAGGCAUUUCAAGAAGUUGUAAUGAGUAACAACAUUACUCUAACAGGUUUAAAAAAAUUUACAGAUUAUAAAAUGAGGGUAACAGCAUCAACCUCUGCAGGUGAAAGCUCAGUCUCUGAAAAAGAUGAUAUUUUUGUGCGAACUCUUGAAGAUGAACCAGAAACACCACCUGAAAACUUAACCUUCAAAAAUGUAACUGAAACAUCUGCAUACUUGAGCUGGUCACCUCCAGAGAAGCCCAAUGGAAUUAUUACAUACUAUGAAGUUACAUACACUAAUUAUACUGACUCUUUUACAAUGAACAGUUCAGAAACAAACAUUUACCUAGAAAACUUAAAAAUAUUUUCUCCCUAUAACGUCUCCAUUAAAGCAUACACCAAGUAUGGCCAUGGGAAUCAAACAUCUCCAAUUGUGUUUUUGGUGACAAAACAUGAUGUUCUUAGCAGUCAACCCUUUAAUGUGACCUAUAAGUACAUUAGUUCCACUGAAGUAGUAGUUUCAUGGAACCCACAACCAAAUACCAGUGGCAUUACAUUAUUCUAUGUCGUAAACCUUUGGAAUGUCUCCCACUCCAUUCAAAAAAAGACAUUCGUAUGUCUAUCUAACUUUCUCAAAUUUUCCCAGCACUGGAUUGCUAUUGUUACUAACACAGUAUUUGAAAAUGGAAAUUAAACAAACUAUAUUUUGAAUAUGACUUCAGAAUUUGAUAAUUUUCCGGAUAACGCACCUCAAAAUAUCACAUACAUAUUUCUCCCUCCUUCUGAUGUUGAAAUAUCCUUUCUACCACCAUCAACUCCCAAUGGAAUUAUCCAGUUCUAUACACUCUAUCUUGGAGCUCAAAAUAGUAGUGAUGUGCUGAUUACAAACAGUACAAAUUUGACUGUCAUUGUUACAGGUUUAAAAGCAAAUGAAAGGUAUUCCUUAAAAAUUUCUGCAAGUACUAGCAAAGGUGAAGGAAUUCAAAGUCAACCAGUGUACAUUUUAACUGGAGAAGGUGUGCCUGGCUCUCCUCCACGAUCAGUUACAUCAAAACAGUUAUCCUCUACCACUGUACUUCUGUCAUGGAAACCUCCCACGGAACCAAACGGAGUGAUUCUGUAUUACACAAUCUAUGUUUGGAGCACAACAACACAACUUAUUUUAAAUGAGACUGAAACAUCUGUACUGCUGAAAAACCUGGACAAUGAUACGGAAUACUAUGCUUUUGUAACAGCAAAUACAUGGUUAGGUGAUGGAGGAUUGAAAAGUAAUAACAUCACGUUUCGAACACCUGAGAAUUCAAGGAUCGCUGAAGGCAUUAUCUCCUAUGUCAACAAAAGUUCCACUUCUGUUCAAGUAUUUUGGAACCUUUCCUCUAAGGCAAAUGGAUAUGUUCAAUAUUAUACAGUUCACUACAGGAAUACUUCUGGUGUUUUUACACAGAAUAUAACAGAUAUUGAUCAAACAAGUGUUGGUGAAAAUGCAAAUGUGACAAUACUUUUGAUUAAUUUGGCCAAAUUCAGCCACUAUGAAACUUGGAUGACUGCCUCUAAUAUGUUGGGAGAUGAAAUUCAGACAAGUGAACUGAUCAAUGUAUACACUGAUGAAGAUGUACCAUCAACUCCUCCACAAGACUUGAUGAUAGCCAACUAUACAGCAGAUUCUGUCUUGGUUAGGUGGAAACCUAGUCCUAUGCCAAAUGGUAUUGUGCAGUUCUACAGUUUUAAGAUAAUUGACAACACAAGAGAAAGCACAUAUUUUAUGAAUACGACAGCAUUAUAUCAUGAAGCAUCCCUCACUGGCUUUGAAACAUUGCACGAAUAUCAAAUCAGUGUGUCGGCUUUUACCAAAGUGGGAAAUGGAGAUCAAUUUAGUAACAUAGUCAUUUUCAAAAUAAAUGAAUCAGGUUUGUUGAGCUCUGCUGAUAUUUUUUUUCCAGAUACUAUCCAAAAUCUUCAAUGCAAUGCAUCAAGUUGGCAUUCGGUCAUUAUUAAGUGGGAUCCUCCAUUAAAAUCGGAUACAAUGAUCACUUAUUAUGCACUUAUAUUUGAAAAUGAUGUUCAAAACGUUGCUGACAAAGAUCGUGUACAUACUUUUAGUGAGCUGCAAUCAAAUACUUCCUAUCAGUUCAGUGUAAUGGCUGUUAACUCAGUGGGCCAAGGAGAAAGCAAAAACUGUACUGUCACUACAUUAUCAGAAGCAGUUCCAAGUGCUCCUAAGCAUCUAGAGAUAAUUGGCGUUCAAUCAACCUAUGUUAUUUUGAGGUGGACACACCCUGAUAUUAUCCCUGGAUAUUUAAGGCUUUUCAGGAUUAUUAUACAACUACGUUCUGUGUUGUGCAUGAACUGGGAUACUCAAGGAUGCAUUGAAGCUGAGCAAACUCAAGAUCAUAACAUCGAUAAUAAUAAUUACACCAUGGAGGCAAUUGUACACGGAUUAAAGAAAUUCCGAUGGUACAGAUUUAGGGUUGCUGCUAGUACUAAUGCUGGAUUUGGCAACUAUUCAACUUGGAUUGCUACAAAGACAGCUGUUGGCUAUCCAGACAGUCCUCCUGAAAAUAUUACUGUUACAGUAAAAUCCUCUGACACCAUUGAGAUUGCCUGGGAAGAGCCUGAGAUUUUCACAGGUCCAACCUCUUAUCUAAUCGAUGUAACAAUGGUAGAUAAUGGGGAUUUCAAUAUGACCAUUCUUAGGUCAGAGAAACAGAACACAACCUGUGAGAUAUCUGAUUUGAUGCCAUUCACGAGAUAUUCUAUCAUCAUUGUAGCAUUUACUGGCAGAGAAGAAGAUGCCCGAAUACAUGGCAAAGCCAGUGAGCCAAUCAUUGUUAGGACACUUGAAGCUUUGCCUCAAGAUGCACCACAGAAUUUUAGCCUUCAGAAGAUACCCGAUGAAGUGACAAUGGUUCAUGUAUCUUUCUUGCCACCAUAUCUUCCAAAUGGUAUUAUUCAGAAAUACCAAGCAAUUAUUUAUAAAGAGGGAGAGGCUUUUAAACGCCGUGUAAACAAUCUGAAAAUUGUCAAAAGCAACCAGUCACUGACUUCUGUCAUAGAAGGGUUGAAAGGUGGAAAUACAUAUAUCAUACGGGUCCGUGCUGUAAAUGGAGCUGGUGCUGGGCCACAAACUUUAGAACAGAAAAUAACUAUGGAUGUUAAAGCUCCACCAAAACCUUCUUUUAAACCAGCUGUUGCUUUGGAUAAAAAUGGAGCAUUGCAAGUCACUUCCACAACUAUGACAAUCAGAAUGCCUACAUGUUAUUUCACAGACGAACAUGGUUCUAUAAAAAAAAUACAAGUUAUAGUGACUGAAAUAAGAGCUAUGAAUGAUGGAAAUAUUUCUACAUGGUAUGAUGCUUAUGUGAGAAAACCAAAACCAUAUUUUGCUAAUGAAGGCUUUCAAAAUCCACCCUGCAGUGGAACAAACACAUACCGACAGAAUGAUAUUGAAGAAACAUACACCAUUGGAAGUGAAAAGUCAUGUCAGCAAAAUAUAGAUAAAAUUUGCAACGGACCACUAAAACAUGAUAAACAGUACUUGUUCAAGUUCAGAGCAACAAACUUUCAAAAACAAUUUACUGAUUCAGAUUACUCUGAUCCAGUCAAGACCCUCGCUGAAGGUCUAUCAGGAAGAACAAUUGAAAUAAUUCUUGCAGUGACUUUAUGUGUGCUUUCUGUCGUUCUCCUUGUGAUAGCUGCAUAUGUAAUUGCGAGAAUAAGACAAAAACAGAAGGAAGGAGGCACAUACUCUCCAAGGGAUGCAGAAAUUAUUGACACUAAAUUCAAGCUGGACCAGAUGAUUGCAGUGACCGACCUGGAGCUAAAGGAGGAGAAGCUGACACGUUAUUCCUCGUUAUUCUUUAGACGCAAGGAAAUUUAUGUCAUCCAAUUACUCAGUUAUAGGAAAUCCCUCAAGCCCAUUAGCAAGAAGUUAUUCUUGCAGCAUGUAGAAGAUCUGUGUGUUAAUAACAACAUGAAGUUUCAAGAAGAAUUUUCGGAACUCCCCAAACUGGGUCAGGAACUUACAUCAUCUGAUGCUGACUUGCCCUGGAAUCGAACCAAGAAUCGCUUUGCAAAUAUAAAGCCCUAUAAUAACAAUCGAGUGAAGCUCAUGCUUGAAGCUGGUGUCCCAGGAUCUGAUUUCAUCAAUGCUAGCUAUGUUGCAGGUUACUUAUGCCCAAAUGAGUUUAUUGCUACUCAAGGCCCUUUACCAGGAACAGUGGCAGAUUUUUGGAGAAUGAUUUGGGAGACAAGAACUCAAUCCAUAGUCAUGUUGACACACUGUUUUGAAAAGGGCAGAAUUAAAUGUCACCAGUAUUGGCCUGAGGACAACAAGCCAGUAACUGUGUUUGGGGAUAUUGUGAUCACUAAACUAGCAGAGGAUGUUCAGGCAGAUUGGACUAUCCGAGAACUGAAAAUUGAAAAGUAUGGUGAUUAUAUGAUGGUGACUCAUUUCAACUUUACUUCAUGGCCUGAACAUGGUGUUCCUGAGACUUGUGCACCUUUGAUUCACUAUGUGAAGCUAGUUCGAGCAAACAGAGCCAAUGAUAACACUCCUAUUGUUGUGCAUUGCAGUGCUGGAGUAGGAAGGACAGGUGUCUUCAUUGCACUCGAUCACCUUCUACAGCAUAUGAACCACCAUGACUUUGUGGACAUUUUUGGAUUUGUGGCAGAGUUAAGAAGUGAACGAAUGUGCAUGGUGCAGAACUUGGCUCAGUACAUGUUCUUACAUCAAUGUGCUUUGGAGCUAUUGAAUAACAAAGGAACCAGUCGAGCGCUGUGGUUUGUAAAUUAUGCUGCUUUGCAAAAAAUGGACUCAGUGGAUACAAUGGAAGGUGAUGUGGAAUUGGAGUGGGAGGAAACAACCAUGUAAUUCUCAGACACUGCUGAAAGAUAUUAAGAAGGUUACAUUUAAUUCAUUUCAGUGAGCUCUUGUAGCACAAUAGUGAUGCUGCUACCUCUAGACCAGGAGGCCUAGGUUCAAGUCUCACCUGCUUGAUUAGAAAAUAUUUAAAUCAUUUCAGGAAAUUAACUUGGACCUUCUAUGAGUAGGCGCCAAACUUAACAUCUAAAUAGACUUCUUUAAAUUACUAGCGCAAAACAUUCCUUUAUAACUGUGGCUUUUAUGAAAUGCUUUUUUAUAUUUUGUGUUUGGUUUAGAAUGAUCAAUUAAUUAAUAGUCUCCAUAGUUUUGCAUAUAUACUGAAUGCUAAUUUUCAAUUCUUGUAUCUCUAUCAUUAGCACCUUGUUUUCACUCUGCUGCUUCUUUUUGUUCUUUUGUAAUUUAUUGCAAAUUUUCAUUGUGAAGUGAGCCAAAUAAGUUGUAAAAUUUUAUUUUUCAUGACACUUGUUGCUUUUGCUGUGCAUAGUUUAGAUAGCAGUGUGUAACUUUAUGUGAAAAUCAUGUUUGGCUUGGAAGUUAAUAUAAAUUUAAGUUCUGCAUAUUAUUUUAAUUACCAAAGUUUUAUUGUGACUUUUGAUUUAUCUCUACUUCUGAUCCAAUAGUCUCCCUUUAGUGUCAGUAGCUGAACUCUUCUCACACUGGCAGAAUAGUCUGUUGUCCUGAGCAGCUGAACACUCACCCCUCUGACACCAUAGAGAUUAAUCUCCCAGUGCAAUUCAGACUGUAGCUCUUCAGGGACGCUUUACUGUUUACAUACACUAUCCCAUACCAGCUCAAAUAAAGCUUUGGGUUGGCCCUUUUUUUUAUCUGGAUGUAAUUCCAUUCUGUAAUUCUAAGUAUUCUUUUUUACUGUGCUGAAGUGAAAAAACUCUGUUUUGAGAAACCAAUCCAUUUUAAAUUUAGUUUGCACUGUGAACCAAACUUGUACGAGUUUAUGUAAGAGUUAGGAAGAAUCUUUAACUAUUAGUUAUUUUAAAAGGUUUAUACAUAGUUCUGAGGAUACUUAAUGGAGCUCUAAUGUACACACUUGCUUGAAUUCUUUCUCUCUAUUUUAACUUAAGUGUGAAGUUGUUCAUUUUAAAUUGUUGAAAAGAGCGACAAGUAUCCAAAGCUUUCUGAUUUGCACCUAUCAGAACAAUUGCAAGAAUUCUAAAUUUCAGACAAUUGUGCCAAUUUAUACCACAUUGAAAAAGAUUUGCUUACUGAUUGGCAGAUUGACCCUGAUUAGCUGAGGCAUGAACAUGGAAAAAGCAAUGAGUAACUAUAGGCUCCUCAUGCCUCCAGGUAUUCAAAAGAGGCUCAAGCAUUGCACACAUUCUUUUUGUUUGCAAAGAACAGAUCCCUGUGUUUGAAUAUCUGUCACUUCUAAUGAGUGGUACUGCUUAUACAGGUGGUUCUGCUGUAACACGCGUUUUAUCAGUGUGAUUUAGCUAUAGUGCAAUUGACCAAUUGUGGACAUUGUUUGGAUAAUGCGAACUUUAUACUGAACAUGUGUAACAAUUUUCUAUUAGUGAUCUUCUACAGCGCCAUUUUCUUAUAGCACGAGGUUACGGAGGAACACAAAUGUUGCAUUGUAGCUGGUCGAGCUGUAAUAAGUCAUAACUGAGCAACAAGUAAAUUUGAAUAACAAGCUAGCCAAGCCAUUUCACGUUGUUAUGAUGCCACUUUUAGGAUGCUACCAUCAGUCUAAAAAGCCAUUCAGCUUAUCACACAAUAAUGCAACUUCACAUAUGAAUUUCAACUGCCAGUAUGAUACUAAGUACCUAGGUUGUAUAGUGCAACAAUUGGUUGAUCAAAAGGUGAAUUAACCAAAUUUAAUGAAAGUAGCUGAAGAUUGCAUUAUAUCAAAGGAAGUGGCUUGUAAAGAUGCCAGAAAUGGUGAAAAACCUGAGGAUUGGGAACAACUUACAUCCUAGCAUAGGAGGAGAGAAAAACUGAUAAGGAAAGAGAAUAUGAAAGUAAGCUAGCAAGUAGCAUAAAUGUUCAUGGUAAAAGCUUGCAUUGAUACAUGAAAAGGAAAAGAUUAGCAAGGACAAUUGAGUGCCCAUUACAGAAGAAUUUUUCAAACUAAAAGGAUGGAAAAAAAACAAAGUAGCUACUUACUUUUUGUCUUUCACAGAAGAUAAGAUAGAAUC